UACGACGAAAUGGACGCUGCAGAAUGAAGAAGUCAUCACUGCUUUUGUUGAUUCAUGUAAUUUGUAUUGCUAUCGCUGUGACGCUAGGAUAUAAAGUAAGAUGUCCAGAUGCAGGGGAGUGGCGUUUUAGAGGGAGAAAAUUUAAUUGCGGUACUACACAGUACGUCUGUUUAUUUCAUUCCUUACGGAAUAUAAAUCACGAGAACUGCGAUGGAUUGGACUAUAGCAGCAUAGGCAGCAAACUUAUAUUUGAACCGUCUUUCAACAAAGCACUCUGCAACUACAACCGAUAUCAGCCUUUUCCUUUCUCAACUGAUGGAAGCAGUAAAUAUGUGUUUCAGAAGUCCUUUUGUAAUGAAAAGGGUCAAUACGUUUUUCACAAAGGAAGUUUGAAAAGUGACAUAACCUGUGGAUGCGAUUUGUCAAGUGGGUACCACUUUGUCAGUAAGCCAAAAAAUACCUGCUUUUGCGUUCCCUCAGAAGAAGACUGUUCCUGUCACAAACUCCAUUGCUACGAUAAAGAAGAACAAUGCCCGUUGGACAAUGAUGUAAUUAAAACCAAACGAUCAGCUGCAGACAACAUGUUAACAACGUUAAAGGAAGACAGUUCUAACCACACACACUUCAUUUUCGUAGAUGGUAGUAAUGGUGAGUUGUAUUUUCAAGUAAACUUGAUAUUGUAUAUUUUCAGAAAUCGUACUCUAAUUGAAUGUAAGUCUUGUUAUUUCCAUACCUAAACUGUUCAUACAACUCAAUAAAUCUUUCUAUGUAUGCAUAUAUUUGACCUUCAUUUUUGCUGGGUGUUUUUGUCCUUCUACUACAGUGUUUAAGGAAUGGCAUUUAUAUUCUAUAACCUAAUAAAGGCACCAGUAGCAUACCGGUGUUCAAUUGUCAGAAGAAACUGUUGACCUUAAUGUGUCGAAUAUUGAAUAAAAAACCAUCGUCAUACUAUCUGCAUGAACAUGAUUAGAUAUACAUUUGGCAUUUUUGUCUAUUUUGCAAUUCAUUAUUGUAUAUAGAUAUUAACAAUUACACACACCUUAUUUCAAUCGAAAGAAUUAAAUUUACCUUCUAUUUUGAAUAUAAUUGCCGUUCAUCAGGUAAUGCAUUCAAUAGUAAGUAUUUAAAAAGAACAACUUCUAAAGCUAUUGAUUGGAAUCUGCCUAAUAGAAAACCGUUUCAUGCAUGCAUAGUUUGAAACCAAAUCACGAAAAUUAACAUUUUUUUAGAGAAUAUUCUUCAACUAACCCCUGAGUAAAUUUGUGUAUGUCAUCAA